GGCCCAACAACGUUUUCCGCAGCAGAAUCUGCUGGCGGUGGAUCUCCUUCUCCGCCGCCUGUUCUCUCUUCCCGAUGAUCAGACGUUGUCGGCCGGAGAUUCAUCUCAAGGCAAGCUGACUUUUUUCUCUUCUGGGGGAAAAUCAUACGGUGAUGGCUGCCGCAUCCCUCGAAAGCAACGACCCGAUGGAGUCCAUUUGAAGUAGGCCAUUUUCGCCGCGGUUGUGGUUCAGCUGAUUGUGAGGUGGCCGUUUGCUAAUGUUGCUGACCUGUGGUUGUGCAAAGGUUGUAUGUUGGCUUCUUCCUCGUCGGUUCUGCGAAGACAGCAUUUCUUGGUGAGGUCGCUGUGUCUGGGAGGUGGCGGCAACCGCAAGAGAUUGAACGACAUAAGGUCGAUGGCUUGUGAUUCUGAGGCUGAGAACGUUCUGAGGGCAAUUGCUCCGCCGCUUGACCAAAGUAAAUAUAAAGGCCAGGCAGGAAAGGUAGCAAUUGUUGGUGGAUGUCGUGAAUACACUGGCGCUCCAUAUUUCGCGGCUAUUUCUGCCCUGAAAAUUGGUGCAGAUUUAUCACAUGUUUUCUGCACAAAAGAUGCUGCCCCGGUUAUAAAAAGCUACAGCCCUGAAUUGAUUGUGCACCCUGUUUUAGAAGAAUCUUACAACAUCAAGGAUGAGGAGAAAGAACAAAUCUCAGGCAAGGUUCUUGCAGAGAUUGAUAAAUGGCUGGAAAGGUUUGAUUGUCUUGUAGUUGGUCCAGGUCUUGGAAGAGACCCAUUCUUGCUGGGAUGUGUGGGUCAGAUCAUGAGUCAUGCACGACAGCGCAAUGUUCCAAUUGUCGUAGAUGGGGACGGGCUCUUUCUUAUUACAGACAAUCCUGAUCUUGUUAGCGGUUACCAGUUAGCUGUCUUAACUCCAAAUAUCAAUGAAUAUAAGCGCCUGGUCAAAAAAGUACUGAAUUGUGAAGUAAAUGAUCAAGAUGCUCAUCAGGAAUUGCAAUUGCUUGCUAAACAGAUAGGCGGUGUUACUAUCAUGCGAAAGGGGAAAUCCGAUCUGAUAAGUGAUGGUGACAUAGUGUUUGCAGUUAAAUCAGUGAGCCAGUAUGGUUCACCUCGACGCUGUGGUGGCCAGGGUGAUAUACUCUCUGGAAGUGUUGCAGUAUUUGUAUCUUGGGCUCAUCAACACAGUUCAGGUGCUGGAGUGGAUUCGACCAGCCAAAUGAAUCCAACUGUGAUGGGUUGCAUGGCGGGAUCUAUUUUGUUGAGGAAGGCCGCAUCACUUGCUUUCGCAAGCAAGAGAAGGUCCACUCUUACCAGCGAUAUCAUUGAGCUAUUGGGAAGAAGUUUGGAGGAAAUUUCACCAGCAUGUUGAUCUUGACAAUAGCGAAGUCACAGCAAGUGAUGGCCUCCUCAAAUAUUUCUAGCUGUGCCUCUUUGUGCCUCUGCUCUUACAAGUACAGUUCUUUAUAUGUAUCUUUUCUUUGCCGGUUCAUUUUCCUAGAGUCCCCCCCAGGGCUCAGCGACCCAAGUUAUGUUCUCUGCAUCAUCUUGUGGCGUAUCUAUGUUUACAAAUGAUCCUUUUUUUAUUAGAAUAAUGUCUAUAUGAGUUCUAUGUUUGUGCACUAUUUGGCUGGAGAACCAUCUUGCUUCUUAAAACCAUUCAAGCGGCUAGCGUUUGGAGUGGGACUCAAUUUGGAAUUCAGGUUGAGUGAGUUGGUUAUAGUUUGAAUACUUUUUCGACUCCUAGUUGUUGACA